AUGCGCCGCACUCUCGCCAGUAUAGCCUACAUAAUUGCCCUCGCGGCUCGGUCAGCGACGUGUAAAGCUGUCUUUGCGCGGUUCAUGGUCGUGAAUUCGCAAUCGUUUGACUCUGACCAAUGGAAAGCGGAGAUAUCAUCAGCGCAAAGUAUCGGGAUCCAAGGCUUCGCCCUAAAUAUCGGCAAUGACACCGACUACCAGCCCCAACAAAUCGCCACGGCUUACUCCGUCGCCGAACCCUUGGGCUUCAAGCUUCUCCUUUCUCUGGACUUCACAUACGCAUGGAAUACGUCCUCGAUGGCUUCCCUGAUAUCGGCGCACGCAAACAGCACGAGCAUGUAUAGGUGGAAUGACGAUGUUCUCGUGUCAACGUUCGGCGGAGACGACAACGGUCACCCAGAUAGCUUUUGGGCAGACCUAAAGAGCACGCUGAGCUCGACGGGCGUGACGAUCUCGCUUGCCCCAGCAUUCACGACUUACAGGAAUCCGAACUCCACACAGUCUCUCCUCGAUACGUACAAGAGCAUCGAUGGGUUCUUCAACUACUGGUCAUGGCCGCAAGACGUCAAUCAAACACUCACCACGGAUACGGAUCUGGCAUACCAAGCAGCCAUCAAUACCUCGCGCUCGGGACCGUACAUGAUGUCUGUAUCCCCGUGGCAGUUCAAGAACUUGGGGAGUUCGGGAGGUGACCCAACAAAUGACUGGAUCGAGCUCAGUGAUACCCUCAUCAAGUAUCGCUGGGAACAGGCUAUUAGCGAAGUUCAUCCAGACAUUGUCCAGAUUGUCUCUUGGAAUGACUACGCCGAGAGUCAUUACAUCGCAGGGCUCAACCAGAAAGUCGCGAUGGACCCCGCUGCACAUGCAUACGUGGACGGCAAGCAACAUACCCCAUGGCAAAUUGUUAUGCAGCACUACAUAUCCUGGUAUCUGAAUGGAACCGAACCAGCGGUUACCAAAGACCAGAUCGUCGUAUGGUACCGCUUACAUCCGAAGACGAGUGUCUGCAAAACACCUUCAUACCCGCGCAACGCUGCGUUUCCCGCCGAUGCUGUCUUCGCCUUGGCGUUGUUGACAAGCCCGGCGACGGUGACGAUGGACAUCGGUCUGGGUAAUCACUUCGAAUGGCAAGCGCCCACGGGUGCAAGUCUCGGCCAAGUGCCUUUCCCUGCUCAAGACGACCAGAUCCCUUUCUUGGAGAUCGUACGGGAUGGACAAACCGUAACGAAGGGCUAUGGUAGCGCCAAUUGGAGCAAGCUAUGCGAUACUUAUGACUUCAACCCCUUCGUCGAUAUAAUCCCGAAUAUGUGA